AUGAAGAAUUAUUUGAUAGGAGCUGUGAUUUUGGCACUUGUUGCGAUUCUUAUAGUUGUUUUGAUUCAGCCUUUGCCAAAAAAGUCUGUAGAGUCUAAAAAUUCUCACAAUUCUCAGCUUCAUAUGGAAAAACCAAGUGAUGUUCAUCUCCCACCCCUGGACAUAAAUGAAGAUCUUAAUUCCUAUUGGCUGAACCAUGGCAAAUCAUUUCUUCGAGCUAAACUAGCACGCGAACCAAAUACAAAACGGGCCAAAAAUGCUAUCGUCUUUAUGGGCAACGGCAUGGGACUAUCAACAAUUGCUGCCACUCGAUCUUACAUUGGAGGUAUAGAAAAACAGCUGUCUUUUGAAAAGUUCCCCUACACUGGGCUUUCGAAAACUUAUAGUGUCGAUAGAAUAGUUACCGAUUCAGCUACUGCUGCUACAGCAUACUUGUGUGGUAUUAAGUCCACUACCGGUACAAUUGGUAUGAAUGCUGAAACAAGGCGCGGCGAUUGUUUGGAUACAAAAAACUCAACAAAAUAUGUUGAAUCAAUCGGUAAAUGGGCUUUGGAUGCAGGGAAGUCAAUUGGAUUCAUAACAACCACUACAGUUACUCAUGCUUCUCCAGGUGGAUUAUAUGCCCACACUACUGAACGAAACUGGGAAAGUGAAAAAUCUGUUGAAGAAAGUUGUGGAAAGGACUCUGGAGUCGAGUCCAUAGCUGCACAAUUAAUUCAUGGUGAAGUUGGCAAGCGUUUAAAGGUUAUGAUGGGUGGAGGUAAAGUAAACUUUGUUAGAGACGAGAAAACCAAUCUCAUUGAUGACUACAAAGCACAAUCUCAGAAGAAUGGAUUUGUUGAAACACGCAGUGAACUAAUUUCACUAGAUCUUAAUUCCGUGGAUAGACUUUUGGGAGUCUUUAGUGACGGUCAUAUGGAUUAUAAUUUAGAGAGAAUAGAUGAAGGUCUUAAUCAGCCUUCACUUGAAGAAAUGACAAGAAAAGCUAUUGAAUUUAUGAACAACGACGAAAAUGGUUAUUUCUUGUUCAUUGAGGGUGGACGCAUUGAUACGGCACAUCAUAAUAAUGAAGCGAAAUUAUCACUAGACGAGACUGAGCAGUUUUCUAAAGCUAUCCAGGCUGCACGUGAAAUUACUAGGGAAGACGAUACUUUGAUUAUUGUGUCGGCAGAUCAUUCGCAUACUCUGUCUUUUGCAGGAUAUAUGGACCGAAGCCAAAUAAUCACAGAGGAGGUAAAAAAUGCCGAUGACGGUAUUCCAUACAUGGCAUUAAGCUACGCAACUGGACCAGGUUUCAAGUCGUAUUAUAAUAAGAUCACAAAACAACGAAUUGGUCCAUCUUCAACUAAUAAAAACAAUAUUCAUGCCAAAUGGCCAGCGACAGUACCACAAUCAAGUGGUGGCCAUGGCGGUGAGGAUGUUGCAGUUUAUGCUUCCGGUCCAUGGGCGCAUUUAUUUACUGGAGUUUAUGAGCAGAAUACAAUUCCUCACAUGUUAGCAUAUGCUUUAUGUAUAGGGAAUGGAUUAAAAUAUUGUGAUGAAUAA